AUGGCGCAACCAAACCCUAGCCACAGCGUCCCCCAGGACCUUAUGCCACAUGUCCAUCUAAUCUCAUCGUACCGAUACCCAGCGAUCCCCCGGCUCGAUUUCAACGAAGUCGCCAAGUGGCUGAUAAACGCCCCUCAAAUCGCGAGAGACCAGGCGCCCUUCUUCUGGACAUACCUCGAUAAGCCCGCCGACGGCACCAUUUUACUGACGUGGCAGCCUUUAUCGAGGCUGGGGACCAAUUUCGCGACAGAUGGCUUCGUCUGGGCGCCCCCAGAGCAGAUCUACAAGCAUGACCUGGGCAACGGACUGAUGCUUGAGAUAUACUACCUCAAAGCAGGUUACAUCCCUGGCGAGCAAUUCACUCUCCACGCUCGAAGACGGUUCCGACUCGUGCCUGUCGCUGGACACCCCAACCCUCCGCAGCCGGAUCCAAACUUGUUCAUUGUGCACUAUGGCCCUGCGGAAAUGAACGAUCGCGUCCCUGUUGCCAUGAUCCCAUACGACGAGAGGGUCAAUGCCAUCAUGCAGCAGCGCCAUUUUCUUCAGAGAGCUGGCCAGAUUCGCCGGAAAGAAUUUAUGUUAUCUGACCGGGUUAACUGGCCCUCACUACCGGAGCUCACUCGCCAACAGCUAGGGCCCCAGAUGAAUCCCCGUGGUGUACCUCAGCAGAUGGCAUACCCAGCCCAACCCCCGCCGCCUGGGCCUCCCUCAAAGAGAGCCCGCCAUGGACAGAAUCAAGCCCAACAAGCGGCAUUACCGCCGGGAAUGCCACCAGUCGAUGCGGCCUUUGAUGACGAUGAAGACAUUUCGAGGGGAGACAUGUUUGAUCACUUGACCCCGCGAGAGAUUUCAAUGAGCCGUUACCAGCAAAAUCACGAGUGGAUGGAGGAGAUUCUGUCAUCUGCGUACAGAAUAGGUCAGAUUACACCCGCAGAUCUCGGUUUGGGUCUCAAGGGGGAGCUGGCAUCCCUGACAGAGGGUAUUUUCACUGCCCAAGGAGGCGAAGCAUCCAGCCAGGCUCCCGAAAAGGCCUAUGUCGGACGUCUGGACCCCGGCCAAGCUGACGAAUUCCGCAAGCGGGUCGACAAAUACGUUUCUACGACACACGAUGAAAUCAAAAAGAUGGAACAAGAACAUCGCGAAACAAUGGCUGCGUUCAAGGAAAAUUCCAUUCUGAAGAUCAAGGAGCGGGAACUCAGAGCCGUUGUGGAUGGCGCCAAACACGAAAGCCGACCUCAUUCGGAUGAAGAGCCCGUAGGUCGCCAAGUCUCUAAACACUCAGUCGAAGAAAUAGCACAGCAGGUAGAGUCGGCAUCAGGUCGGAAAAUUGUCAGCUUGCCGCUCUCUAAGCGGAUUCAAGAUGGUGGUUUUCAGGCUCCUCCUCCUGAACCGGUAGCACCGGGCUCAACUGCAGAGCUCUCCCGACAGCCAUCUCGAGCGGGAUCUCAAGCAAGCGGUGCGAUGAUGGGUGAGACUGACAUGGAUAUGGGCGAUACAGCAUCUGGAUUCUCUCUGGGCGAUCUGGACACGGCGGGAGAUGCCCUGGCGGGAUAUGACGCGCCAGAUCUAGACGGCUCGGCAGGUGGACUGGAUGAUGGCUUGGACCUUCAGAUGGACAUGGAGGAUUCCGCGUUUGGAGAUGCUUUUCACGGCGUAGAUGCUUCUCAUACCCCAGGAGACGGACAAAAUCAGGAUGGCAUGUGA